UUCUCAUUGAGUGACUCAUCCCAUAUCUAAAAACCUCCCAAAUCUGUGUAUAAUGUUGACAGGUUGCAACAAUUGAAUUUGGCACACUCCCCUUAUAUACACAGCAUCUUCUGCACAAAUCAUAAAAGACUGUCCCCCUUCAUUCCAACUCCCAAAAAUUAAUGUAAGAAGUUGCUCAUAUUUUCGAGUUCAACGGCUAAACCCUAAAUUUACCCCUCUUUUCAUUUCCACCCCUGAUUAUUGUUUCUUCUUCAUUGGUUGGAUAAAAGAUAACCCAGAGGGGUCGGCAACAUGCAUAAGAAAGGUGGUGGCGGUGGAUCUAAGGCGGCGGCAGAGAUGAGCCACGCCGCUGAUAGAAAGAAGUUGAAUGUAGCUUUGGACAAGCGCUUGGAUCGUUCGUCCCCGUCGACUUCUGCCACCGCCCCCACCAGAGUGUUCACCUCCAAGGAUCCUCGGUUGUCGAUGUAUAAAACGGAGGAAAAUCAUCACAAGGCUUCUCGCUCAGCCGCACCGGACAACAACAACUCCGACGUUGAAUCUGAAACAGACAGCGAGGGAUCAGAUGUUAGUGGUUCUGAUGGUGAAGAUACUUCAUGGAUUUCAUGGUAUUGCAAUCUACGUGGGAACGAGUUCUUCUGUGAAGUCGAUGAUGACUACAUCCAGGAUGACUUUAACCUCUAUGGUCUUAGCAGCCUAGUCCCGUACUAUGAUUAUGCACUUGAUCUGAUUUUGGAUAUUGAAUCUUCUCACGGUGAUAUGUUUACGGAAGAGCAGAAUGAAAUCGUUGAGUCAGCAGCUGAGAUGCUUUAUGGUUUAAUACAUGUCCGCUACAUACUGACAACCAAAGGAAUUGCUGCGAUGCAGGAGAAGUACAAGAAUGCUGAAUUUGGUAGAUGCCCAAGAGUUCACUGCUGUGGUCAACCAUGCCUCCCUGUUGGCCAGUCAGACAUUCCCCGACAGAGCACAGUAAAAAUUUAUUGUCCAAAGUGUGAAGAAAUAUACACUCCUCGUUCUCGAUAUCAAGACGGUAUUGAUGGUGCAUAUUUUGGAACAACAUUUCCGCACCUUUUCCUAAUGAGUCACGGACACCUGAAGCCACAGAAAUCUUCUCAGAGCUAUGUUCCUCGAGUAUUUGGUUUCAAGGUCCACAAGUCAUGAAUUGGGUUGGUUUUUGCAUGAUAGCCUCAUUUUUCCUCGAGAGGAUUUGAAGCGUUUUGGAAAUAGGCCUGGGCUAUGUAUGUUGUGUUAUACUAUGCUGUACCCCCUGUGCUUGAAUGUCAUUUUUCCUUCAUUAAUAUUUCCUUUCCUUUCUGUGUGAGUGAUCUUAUUAUUCUUCAUCGUGCCUGCCUGAACAUGUGUAUGUAUUCGAUUAAAUAUCUGAUAAUAUUGAUGUGAAAACUAGUAGUACCUUUUAACAAAAACCAUGGAGACGAGGCACUGGAGUAACUUCCAUGUUUGACG